CAUACGUAUUCAAUACCGUAUCGAAAUUCUGCUUCUUUCGUGGACCUCAGGAUCAACUAGGCAUUGCGAGCUGGUAUAAGUAGCGCGCCUCUCUCGUCACCGCGUCUCCCUCAUUCUAGUUCUCUUCUUCAUCCUAUCCUCAAUACUACUCCACGCAGCAAGCCAACGCAUCACUGUCUUCCCUCCAACCUUUUACUAUCUCAACAACGGAAUUUAAAAAUGCCUCCCAAAGCUGCCGAGAAGAAGCCUAGCACUGGUGGCAAGGCCCCUGCUGGAAAGGCUCCCGCCGAGAAGAAGGAAGCCGGCAAGAAGACCGCCGCUGCUAGCACCGGUGACAAGAAGAAGCGUGGCAAGACCAGGAAGGAGACCUACUCUUCGUACAUUUACAAGGUCUUGAAGCAAGUCCACCCCGAUACUGGUAUUUCCACUCGUGCCAUGUCUAUCUUGAACUCUUUCGUCAAUGACAUCUUUGAGCGCGUUGCUACCGAGGCGUCGAAGCUCGCGGCUUACAACAAGAAAUCCACCAUCUCGUCGCGGGAGAUCCAGACCUCUGUGAGGCUUAUUCUUCCUGGCGAGUUGGCGAAGCAUGCGGUGUCUGAGGGCACCAAGGCCGUCACAAAGUACUCUUCUUCUGCCAAAUAAGCUUUCUGAUUUCUUUCUUUGUUUCUGCGGGAUUGUUUUUUUUUUUUUGCUACCUCGUCAUCAGCAACGGUUCUGAGGUGGUGGGUCACAGGGUGUUCGCGGGAUUUUUCUAAUGUGUCAUGGGAUGGCUUUAUUUUUUCCCCUUGGGCCAAAUGU